AUGGGACAGCGCGGGUCUCGGAUGCCACCGGUGGUUACGUCGGCCAGCGACUCACCUCCCUCAAACCCGACGGAGCGAUUAUCGCUGGUUGCCCCAAGCGCCGCGGUCGUUGGUGCUGGUGUGGCCGGUGUACAUGUCGCCUACGAGCUCGCCAAACUAGGUUUCAAGGUGACUGUCUUUGAACGUCGCGGCGAUAUCGCGGGAGGCGAGACCAGGUUCUCCCUUCCUUUUGUGGGCGUCGGACUGAUCGAGCCGUCACUGGCUCGGACGGCAUUCCGCACAGAAGUGCUGCGUGGCAUGCUGUUCCCUACCGCCUGCCCGGAUUUGAUCGCCCGGGAACACCUCUUUAACACGCUGCUCAACCCAGUGGUGUACCGCUGGAUGUGGGGUCGGCUUCGGUCCUGCUUCUCCGACUCCGAGGUGAUGACCUACACAAACAACCUAUCUUGUGUCAGUCACUCGGUCGUGUGCGAACUCGUGAGCAAGUACCCGCACCUGCAUCAGCACGUGUUCGCGGGGCCGGUAACGGUUCUCAACGAGCGGAAAGAGGCCGCCGUGACAGCGCACGGGGAGCCUCUGAUGGUCGACCCCGUUGGCUGGACCCGAGCGUUGGCAGAGGUGUGCAGGCGAGACUACGACGUACAGUUUGCCCUUGGUGAGCGCCUCGAGGACGCCGUCACCUACCUGAAGUACGACGUCGAAUCCACCAGGAGCAUUCGCGUGUCGAAGCCCGAUCCUUUGCACCCCGAGCAGCGUCUUUUUGCCAGCGAAGGGUACGAUGUGGUGGUCCUUGCAGCGGGCGCUAGCACGGGCACCAUGACCCUACCGAACUCUCGCCUCCCGGUGCUGGGUCUCAGCGGGCUCUCGGCGGUGGUGCAGCAACCGAGCGGUGCCCUCAAAGAUGCAAUUUGGUCUCUCUUUCAGUGCAAGCCGCACCGAUCCACAGCCGCCGCAGCGACUUCGUCUUCCCCGGAGGUAUAUGCCCCGUCCAGCCACGAUGGUGUGACAGACUUCCUUGCGCGACCUGCCCCAGGCACACUGGCGCUACUCAGCAGUCACUGCAGUCUCUAUGGCUACACGUGGCCCAGUAGCCUCAUGUUCUCCGAAAAUCGUGACGGCGGGCCCCCCAGCAGGUCAUCGGCCGUCGCCUCCAUGAUGCAGUCAAAGGUGCUGCCAACACCGCAGGACGUUGUGCUGCAAGGGCUGCUCUCCCUGGACAGCACCUUCAAAACCAAAACCCACGCACUGGUGUCGCGGCAGCUCCAUCGACUGGAGUCGUAUUUGCGAGUCAAGUGCGGCUGGUCGGUCCCUCUCAGCUCGUCUUCUACGUCAGCCGGGGCCGGGUGCGGCAGCAACGUCGUCCGUGUGCGCGAGUACGUCCGAGCCUUCACCCCUGACGGUGUUCCUAUCGUCGACCGCAACGGCAGCUCCUUCAACUGCUUUGUGUGCUGCGGCUUUGGCGACCACGCCAUGGACUUGGCACCGGGGGCCGCAAAGGUUCUUGGCAAGCUUGUGGAGCAUCAGGCACAGCAACUCCGCGAGGAGGACAUCGAAAACGCAAAGACGUGGGGGCUGCUGACGUCGAAGCUGUCACCGAGCCGACGGACAGCAGUAGAGGAGGAGCUGCAGCUGCUCUUCAACGGCGCGGACCCAGAUGAGGUGAUAGGGAAGGGGUCAAGGAAACCGAGCGAGGCGUCGGCUCUGACUUUGCUGAGGUUCGAAGACAAUCCGUACAGCACGAACCGAUUCGUGAACAUGGUGCGCAAAGAGGUGAAGAUGGACAGUAGUCUGCCCACCUUGAGCCGCCUCUGUGCCCUUGAGGAUGUCUUCCUGACUCAUCUGGAGCCGCUCCGCCGCCGCUUUCACGCCAAGGCCACCGAGCUGGCUCUGCGGGAAAACACGCCGGACUGGCUACGCACCCUCGUGUUCUGCUUCAUGUACGAGGAAGACGACGAUCCGGUCGCGCAGGAGCGGAAAAAGCAGCACGUGCGAAACCUGCAAAGGCUCGCGAGUCAGUACGAGGCCCCAGUGCCCGAUGCUAAGACAACGGACGAUGGCGCCGAAGAGGUGUCCCUCACCCCCGCAGAGCAGAGCAAGCGCAAGCAGGCAGAGCUGGAGCGGCGCGCGCGCGAAGUCUUUGCCAAGAGGGUGUAA